AUGCCGAAUUCCGAAACUGUGGGCGCGCUCAACGGCGCUCCUCCGUCUCCAGAUCGGCCGCUUCUCAAAGGCCACAAAACGCUUCCGCGACGCCGGCAACCCAAACCCACAUCAGACCUAUUCGACCACGUCGAAUUAUCUAAGGACGAUAAGGUCUACGAUGUUGACAUCCCCAUUACCCCGACGCUACCACUCACUCCUCCGAACCAGGCCAACGACGACGACGCUCAUCGAGAUAACUCGCCGCGUCUAAAGGGCCAACAUUCGCUUCCAUUGUCUCACACAAGUACGGGCUCUCGCCAAUUUAGUCCGCCCACGCCUGAUGCUACGCCACCUCGUGUCAGAGAUGCAACACCAAAAGCUCGGCCUGUAUUUGCCUCUCUACAGUCGUCAAUGUCUUCGCGGGCCGAAUCGUUCCAGACCGCAAGAGAGAAUAUAUCGGACGAUGACGUCGUAGAAGGUUUCUACCCGUCCACGCAUUCACUUGUUCUACGGAAACGUCAAAAGUCUUUUCCAGAGCCGUCUCCUCUCUCAAAUGGCGUCGAAAGUAUUAACGAUUCCACCGAAGAAAGAACCCCGAGGAAAAAGGCUUCUCGAGCGAAAAUAUCUACUAAUACAGUGGAGGAUGAAAAGCGCACUCCAAUAUUGAGUCCAUCGCUAUUACCGAAGUCUCAUGCCAAUGGCAUCCCAACUCAGAGUCAUCAAGAUGUUCUAGGAAUAGAUCAGGAGAAUGCAGAUGGGGCCUCUCAACGAAUGAGAUUCGAUAAAUCUGGCGAAAAAACUGAUUCUGAUUUGACGGACAGUGAACAAAAGCUGAUGGACCGAGUCAAUACAUGGAGGUUUUCUGGAGGCUCAUUCGCAUCCACCAUUGAAGCUCUGGUAAUUGAUAAUUCUCCUCCCAAACAACGGACUUUGAGGCACAUUGAGAAAAGGACAUCUUUGCGGUCAGUGAGCUCGCCACAGCCCCAAUCUACGCGCACGUCUACCGAGUCCAAUGCGGACUCUCCACACCGCUUGGUGCAUAAGUCAGCUCGGAUUUCAAAUCAAAAUCGCCAUAGUACCGCAUCUGACAUGUCAAUCCCGUUCAGUACGACUUCUAGCUCUUAUCAACACAAGAUGGAGGUUAUUCCUGUAGCUGUUGUUCCGGAAAGACGCUCUUCCCUCAAAUCUUCCGCUCCCAACAGCAGAGCUCAGUCUACCGCGCGAUCCGCAACGUCUAGUCGGCGCAACAAGAGUGUUUCCCGCAGCAGAGCUAGCGAUAAACAUUCCUCUCGGAGGAAACGCACCAUGUCUGAAUCUGCAGAUUCAGUAGCAGAGUAUGGUGAAGCAAGGGAAUCCCGUGGUCGUGGAGUAGCAAGCCGUCCUCCAAUACCUACGAGAAGUUCAUCUCUCUCGGCUCCAACGAGCCGCAACAACUCACGCGCCACAUCGUUGACUUCGGAGAGUCUACGCCGACAUACCGAAGCGAUGGAACCGGCAUUUGAAGUGCCAAAGAAUAGUGAAAAUUCUGCUGUAUUACCAUCACCGAGGAUUUCACUCCCUGAUGUUUCGGAUUCUCGAAAUAACGAGGCGUUUGUGCCCGCAUCUCCUUGGCGCAUUAAGGAUGACAUGGAACUACUUCAUGCUCCGUCCCUUCAUUUCACUCAGUCCUCCAUUGUUUCGUCUUCCCCUGGUCCUAUUGAAAUCAGAGAAGCUACAAUGGUGACCUACUUUCCGCACAACAACGAAUCGCUCCUAUUGAUUAAUUCAUAUAUGCAGCCAGAGCCGCAGGCGGCGAAGGCAUUGCGUGGCCAGAACUUGAACGAAGCCGUCGCCGUACGGACACCGCAACAGUCCACAGCGGCAAUAGACAUUGAAUCUCCCCUACGAAAUCCUCGUACACCACCGGUGCCCCCUACACAGAAAGCCGCAUUUCCGGCUCCCGGGAAUCACACUAGUAUCACUACUAAUGGACACUCGGGAAACCCAGAGCUCAGUCGACAAGGAAGCAAUCGUCUUAGCAGAGGCAUCGGAUCUGUCAAGCGUGCAUUGAGUGCUCGUCGCAAUUCAGAUAGUGCUCGUCAACAACCUGUGACUCGAUCUCUCUCAACCCGGUCCGCAAGGAAUCGCAGAGACCAGAAAGCAAGAGAUAGUCAAUUGUACUCUUUCUGGCGGCCACGUGGAUUCUGGGAUGAUUUUGACAGUUCUCCGGGCAAUGAAGGGAGCGCAGGGGGCAAUGGCGCUGAUCAAAAUAGACAACAGGGAAACGAGGAAGAUGUGUUUGUGAGCAACUCUCUAGGGUUACCACAAAAACGAGUGAUAUUCAGCGGCCCUCUUGUACUAGCUCGUCGUCUUUCGAAAAAGUCAAAAAAGUGGACGCAGCGGCGGCGCCGACACGGUGCAAGCCAGAGUGAUCUGAACCUUGCCAUGGGAAUGGGAAUUGUUCGUCCUCGCUCGCCAUAUCAGCGCCGAUCAGCCAAAUAUCGAGUGCAGAGAGGGAUUCUCUUCCCCGUGAAGAUGUUGCGCAACGCAAGACUGCGUGCAAGGGAAACAAGACAAAAGCGAGCAAGUGCGAAGCUAGAAGCACGACGGGAGAAAUUGAAGCAGAGCAUUGGUGCCAAGACAUUGACGGAUCCGUAUGCGGUUGGUCCCUUCAGCCAGGUUAAUCUUAAGGGAGGCCAUAUCCACCAUGUAGCAACACGUCAAGAUGGCGAUGGAGAUAGCGAAGCCCAGAACCCCGCUACAAGAGUAUCAACAGAUGCUCACGGCAACACAUACCCCGAAGGCGGCCGUCAAGCCUGGCUCGUCGUCUUUGGUAGUUUCUCAGGUCUCUUCGGCUCCAUGGGCCUGCUCAACAGCAUCGGAACCUUCCAGACAUACAUAUCAACACACCAACUGAAAGAUUACUCCUCCGGCACCAUUGGCUGGAUCUUCGGUGUAUAUGCCUGUCUAACCUUUUUCUGUGGCCUUCAAAUCGGCCCCAUCUUCGACGCCAAGGGCCCCCGAGUCCUCAUCCUGUGCGGCUCCAUAUUGGUUGUCGUUGCCAUGAUUACCGUGGCAUUCUGUACCCAAUAUUGGGAAUUUAUGCUCGUGCUCGGCAUAGUUAAUGGCAUCGGCACAUCACUGAUUUUCACCCCCUCAGUCGCAGCGAUAGGCCACUUCUUUUUCGACCGCCGAGGCGAAGCAACCGGCAUCGCUGCUGCGGGCGGCUCAGCCGGAGGCGUUAUGUUCCCGCUUGUCCUUGAGGCGCUUUUCCCCAAGAUUGGGUUUGCGUGGGCAACGCGUGUAAUUGCGCUGUUCUGUCUGGUGCUUUUAGGGAUUGCUUGCAUCUUGAUUCGGUCUCGGCUACCGCCAAAACCAGCAUCGAGGGAAAAUAUUAUGCCUGAUUUUAGGAUCUUUAUCGAUCCGAUCUUUACCUUGACUACCGCAGGCGUGUUCUUAAUUGAGUGGGGGCUCUUCGUGCCCGUCACGUAUAUUUCGUCUUAUGCUCUGGCUGAGGGGGUUUCGAACGCGUUCUCCUACCAAAUUCUCGCUAUUCUGAACGCUGGUUCUGCCCUUGGCAGGUGGUUACCGGGAUACGUAGCAGAUUAUCUGGGGCGAUUCAAUACCAUGAUCUUGGCUGUGCUGGGGUGUCUGUUGAGUACGGCAUGUUUUUGGUUCCCUGCUGGUGGCAGUACUGCGCUUUUGGUUGUGUAUGCGGCUCUAUUUGGGUUUUUCAGUGGUAGUAAUAUCAGCUUGACGCCGGUUUGUGUGGGCCAGCUUUUUUUGGUACAUUGA